AUGAGAUGGUUUGAUUCCAGUGUUCAGAUGAAAUUCAGGAACCUUCCAAUGAUUGCCAUUGAUUGCGCCUUUGCCCACUGGAUUGCGAACAUAUGCGACGCCGAGCGGAGAGCCGCACUGCGCCCGAGCUGUGAAUAUCUGCCCUUCGACGGCGGACCGAGAAUCUGCCUAGGACAGCAGUAUGCGCUUACCGAGGCGAGUUAUGUGACGGUGCGCAUGUUGCAGGAGUUCAAGGCCAUGUAG